AAAACCCCAUAAUUUCUAAAAUCAACAUUUAUACCCUCCCAAAACCCAUCUUCUUCGUUUUGAAACGAUAAUGGCGUCGUCGAAGCAUCAAGACUAUGGCAUCCCUUACACACCUCUUCCUUCAUCACAACCUUCUCAAACCGUGAUCCUUCUAACUCCUUAUCUCCGUCACCGCCGUCCUUCAUUCCUCCGUAACCUCCGUUGCUCUCUCCUCUUCGCCGCCGCAAUCCUCCUCCUCUCCGCCGCCGUUUACUUCCUCUACCCUUCAGAUCCAGACAUCACUGUCUCUCGAAUCAAUCUAAACCACAUAAGCGUCCUCGAUUCGCAUAAAAUCGCCUUAGACCUCUCUUUCUCCCUCACGAUCAAAGUCCGGAACCGCGACUUCUUCUCUCUCGAUUACGAUUCGCUCGUCGUUUCGAUUGGGUAUAGAGGGAGAGAGUUGGGUGUCGUGAAGUCUAAAGGUGGACACCUUCGUGCUCGUGAUAGCUCUUAUAUUGAUGCCACGCUUGAGCUUGAUGGUCUUGAGGUUGUUCAUGAUGUGAUUUAUUUGAUUGGUGAUUUGGCUAAAGGUGUUGUUCCUUUUGAUACGGUUGCUCAGGUUAAAGGUGAUCUUGGUGUACUCUUGUUUCAAAUCCCUAUUCAGGGUAAAGUGUCGUGUGAGGUGUAUGUUAAUGUUAACAACCAGAAAAUUUCACACCAAGAUUGUCAUAGUAAGUGAUACAGUUUCCUGAACUGGAUACAAGCUGAAGAGACCAGAGAUACAUAUGUUAAGAUGUUUUUGGUUUCUGGAGGAAUGAUUUGUAAGAUUUUGUAUAUAGUCUUAAUGUUAAAACUGACAGAUAAAGAGAGAGAGACAGAGAACUAUUUACUUUCUGUAAAUUACUUUCUAAUUAGUUCGUCAAAUGAGUACAAGUGUUUACUUUUUGUAGACAUGAAUAAACCAACUCAAUUAACGUUUUAUGCA